GUACCAGCCCAGGUCCCGAAGAGAAACAACUGACCAGAACGGAAGAAAAGCGGUAGUGAGCGCCUGAGCAACAACUGACUCUCUUUCGCCGCCAUCCAGCCACCGUGCCCCGCCUCCAGGUCCAGGAGUCCGUCCAGGCCCUCUGCGUCUCUGCCUCACCGGCGCUGCGUCUCUGCGGUUCGCCAGCCAUCCAGGCCCUCAGCCCCUCUGCGGGUCGCCGGAAGCUCUGUUUCACUGCCUUGUUAUUCGUUACUAGGUGUUCCUGCAGGUAUCUAGAAUUGCAAGAUCAGAAGAUGGAGGAGAAUUUUGGCAAGUCACACAAAAAGAAAGCCUCUGCACAAAAAACUUGCUCCCCCCAAACUCAAGGGAACACUUUGAAAAGGAUGCAAGUAGCGCAGAAGGCUUCUUCUUCCAUAAGAGGUCAUGCAAUGGAUGCGUCUACUCCUGCAGAUGACUAUCGGGCAUUGAGGAAAAAAUAUUUGCUCCUUGAAGAGGAAAGUUUUACACUUGGGAAAGAGUUAAUGGAAGUUGAAGAUGACAUCAAAGUUCUUGAGGAGGAGAAGUUGGGACUUCUAGAUGAGCUUGUUGUGUUAGAAGGGUUAGUUGACCCUUCAGAAAUUCAACCCCAAAGCCAAAGAUUACAAUAAACUGGCUUUCAAUACCCAUAUGGCCCAUAUGAUGAUCAGUAUGAUAGUGAUGUACAAUUGCACAACACUAAUUGCUGUAGAAAUGGUCGCAGGACAUUAGAAUUUCCUCAUUCUAAAAUCAUGCUAUGGAUGUACAUAUUCUUCAGUGCACAAAUAUUAAUACUAGUAUUUAUGUAAAUGAGCCUAAAUGAGGGAUUAUGCAUGUACUAUUUAGUAAGCAUGUCGAGUCUAAAGAAGCAAGUCAGUAAAUAUUUAAAC